GUGUGUGUGUAUUCCAAUAACAGCUAGUAUUAUAAAAAUAAUAGUUCGUGACUAUACGAGAUUUGUAAACGAGACUUAACGAUAUAGACGAUUAACGUGGACAUAUUAAAUUCGAAUCCUUGUUAGUCAUUGUUAUAAUAUCUACAUUAUUUUAUACAUAUACUACUGUAACACUACUAAAUAGGAGUUAUCAUAAUAUACCUAUUUUACUUCAUAUGUACAUUAUACACACUACACAGACACUCGCGCGCUUGUUGGUUUCAAUCCUGUCAUCUUCUAUAUUGUUCCGUUCGCGAGCGCACAAAAGUACAUAUUAUACGCGUUAUUAGUUUAUUACGGUUACAAUGAACUGCUGCCAUGGUUGACGCAGUUUAUCGCGGUAACAUCGACGAGUUGUUGUCUGUGAUUAACCACCUGAAGAAAUACAUAAUCGCAUUCAUAAUCGUUCUGUUGGUUCUGUUAUCGGUGUUUCAUUUCUCCAAGUUUUCAGUACAUGUCGUGCCGCUGAUCAUCGUCACGUUAGUACUGUUGCCGGCCGUCUACUACACGACCGUUCUCGUUCUGAAGUUUAGCACCAGCAUAAUUGCUUCGAAUCAAGCCGGAGAAGUUUCGACAAUGAACUCUGACAACAACCAACAAGUCCUAAAAACUCCCGACCUCCCAUACCCAAACAGUCCGACACCACCUCCGUCCUACGAGGAAGCGACGCGUAACGACCAUUACUAUCAACCACAAUCUUGGUUACCUUCGACGAGCAGCGGGUAUACCAGCAGUGGUCAGUCGACAAUACCCGCUGUGUUCAGCGUUGAGUAUCAGUACAACGAUGCCAUGUCAAAUGUCAAUAGCGGAAGACCGGCUGCUACUACGACCACGACUACACAUAAUCAGACCCAAGACAAUUGUACGUCGUCACAAAAUACUACAAUCCAAAACAUUCCCAGUGUUACCAUAACGUUGGACAGUGAUCAACAUCCAACUGAAAUGCAAUGAAAUAAUAAUAGCUGUGAGUCUAAUAUCAAGUGUCUGAAUUUGAGUUUGAUGGAAAUCCAAAAAUCUGGAUUGCAGGGACAAUCGAUUUAAUUGAGAUAAUCCGAAAAAAUAUGGCAAUCUGGAUUGUCAGGGCAAUACAGAAAAUUUAGAUAGUUGGAUUUCCUUGCCUGUUUUCUUAUUAUUAAAUUAUUUAACUUAAUUAUUAUGAUUAUUUAGAAUGGCAUUGUUAUUAUGAUUACAUAUACUCUGUUCGCCGAGAGACCAGGACUGCGCUGCGGACGAAAACUUGUCGAUCCCCAACACUGUUACUCAUAACAAUUAAUGGCUAUGCGCCCGCCAGCUGCUCAGAAUUCGGGCCAUGCAUACAGCAUCAUGUUUUUUUGAAGUUAUUUCAAUUCAUAUUUUCAAGCGCCUUUCGUGUUAUUUUUUAAAUAAGAAAUAAAAAUAUGUGUUGUAUGGACUUUAUAAUAGAAUAUUAUUAUAACGGCCGACACGAACGUUUAUUUGAACUCACUACGUAUACAAAAAAGCUUAAGUUCGUACAGAUUGGAUAUUUGACGGAGCGCUCGUAUUUCCGUCAGUCGUUUGCGCGAAACGGUCCUGGUCUCUCGGUGAACAGGGUAUAGGUAUCGCAUUUAAUUUUUGUUAAAUAAUUAUUUAUAAAAUUGUUAAAAAAAAUGUAAUUCGAUUAAGUAAUUAGAUGAAUGAAAAUAUAAGUACAAUAAGUAUCCAGAUGGAUGUCCAACAACUUAUAAAAAUACAAAUUAUUUCAAAACAUUAGGCGAAAUUUAGCUAUUGUCAUCGCAUAUUAUAUAUUGUUAUUAAAUUAAAUUUUCAUUAUUAUUUAUAUUAUUGUUAUACUGAGAUUUUUAUCAAUAAUUUGUAUUGUAAAUAGGUAGGUACUUAUCGUUGUUUAAAACGGAAUUUGGAAAUUUUAAAAUUUGUUCUCAAUUUCUAAUUAAUGUUGGUGAUUCAUUUUAUUGUUGAAAGGCAUAAGUAAAUCAAUUAAUAUAAUCAAAAUAUCUAAAAUUAAUAAAUUAUGUUAUUUUAAAUGUUUGCUCAAACUUUAAAUGAUAAAUCUAUUGCUAUGAGCAUGGUUUUUCUAUUAUUCUCAUGCAAUAACAAUAAAUUAAUGUUUAUUUAAUUUUUGUCACAACAAUUUAUGAAUACCUACUUUAAAUACUUACUUAUAUAGUUUAAUUAUAGUGCAGUUCUUAUUUUUAUACAAUUCUUUCUAAAUUACGUUAUUAGUAUGUAUAUUAUAAUAAGUUACCUUUUACCAGAGCCAUCUUCAGGGGGGGAGGUUGAUUGGGGCAGUGUAUAUUAUAUAUGUUGUUAAAUAUUUAGGAUUAGGUUAAUUAUAUUAAAUAUAUUGUAUAUGUAAUGCAUGGAAUUGGCCCCUCCCCUAUAAUAGAGCCUUGGGCCCACUGCCUCUUAUGCCUAGUAUUAUCAAAUUUCCCCAUUGUCCCAUAAAUCCCUUUAUUUUUGUCUUUGGUAUAAAAAAUACAAUUAAUUUAAAUGUAUUGUUAGAUAUAACUCCCCCCUCUUAUUGAAAUUCCUGGGCAUGCCACUGAACAGCUGGAUCAUAGUUAAUUCGGUCCUUUCAUAAAUAGGAGUAUAAAUAAAUAUAUUUAAAUAUCAAUUCCUAUUGUUUUUUUCGCUUGUCAGAAGGUUAAGAAUUGACUGAAAAAUAAUUGUGGAUCACAUUGGUUUACCAAACAUCUACUACCUUCUUCUAAAAGAUUAUCAAGAGAGCAUGAAAAAAGUUACAAUAAAUGAAGAGACUUAUGUUUAAAUUUAUGCUUUAUUGGGUAAGGCAUUUCGUCGAAGACAUUUAAAUACGAUAUCGAGAAUGCUGAUUCAUUGCAAUUUAAAAAAAGUUCAACAUACUGUAAUAUUUAUGUGUCUUUAUAGCAAUAUUGUUACG